AUGAAUAAAAUCGAACACGAUGAAACAUUGAUAGAAAACGCUCUAUUUUCCGAUGUUAUCUCUGAUAAAUUUAAAACAUUCAAAGGACAAAUUAAAAUAGAUGGAGAGAUAGUCGAGGAAGGGAAUCACAGGCAAUACAUGUCACUCCUCGGUUUCAAUGCCAAAACUUUUCACAAUAUCUUUUCAAAUAUGGACAAAAAAUCUGAUGCUUCCGAUUGGUAUUUUACAGGAAAAAUAAUUUUAAUGAAAGACAAUUUCCAAGAAAUAAAAAGAUCGAGAGUUGGCAGAAGAGGAACUGAUCUACUUAAAAAGAUAAAUGAAUACGAAGGUGAAAAUUGUUACAUACCUACAGAUGGUCACUGUUUUAUCAAAUGCGUCAAUCGUGUUUUGAACAAAGAUUUAACGUGUAAAUUUCAAGAAUACAUCAACGGGUUUUCAAAAGCAAAUAGAAAAGGAGUGAUGACUUGUGCUAGAAUGAAGGAAUUCAACAAGAAAUUUAACACUUCGUUUCAAAUUUAUAAUCCCAAAAACAGACAUUUUCACCCCAGAGACGUACAUGAUGAAUUAGAUUGGGUUUUUUACUUACACAACUCGCAUUUCUGUCUGAUUAGAAGAAGCCAAAAAAGUUUGGAAAUUCAAGAAAUAGAAGACAAUUACGAACAGGUGUGGAAAACGUGUAGAGAUGAUAACGCAGUAACACAGGUUUCACCUCUCAAACUAAACGUGCUUUCAAGUAUGAGUGAUGAUGCGUUAUUCGCUUGGGAUUGCGAAACGUAUAAUUUAGAAAAACUAAGAAAAAAGUUAGAAAAAGAUAUAUUUCUUACUGAUAAUGUUCCAGAAGAAUUUAAUGAUAAACUAGUAGAAAUAUUUGUAGGUACAGAUUGUAUAGAUCAAAUGUUGAAAUAUUUAGGUCAAUAUGAUAGAAAGAGAUUAAUAUUAAUUUCUCAUAACGGCAGUGGAUUCGACAACUGGAUCGUGCUUAAAAAUACAAAAAAACUAACGCAUUGCCCUUUAAAAACACCCAGAGGAAUUCUAUCUUUUCUUUUAUCUAAUCCAUUCACAGAUGAAGAUUUACAGAAAAAAUGGAAAAGACAGAAAGAAAUAAAGGGUAAUUAUUUACAACAUAUUAAUUUCACAUGUUCCUAUCAACAUGAAAAAUCUAGUUUGGCUGCAUGGGGAAAUUCUUCCCGCGAAUUUGAGAAAGAUUGCCGACGUGGAUAUCGCUUAAUACACGCAAGACAACUGGGAGGAAUUGAGACACGAAUGGGAACCUUACGCCAAGAGAGACACUCUCUGUUUGGGAGCUUGUUUGAUAAAAUACAACCAAGUAAUGAAAGAAGUUGUAAACCAGAAUAUGUCCAAUAA